UUGUCACUACAAGUAUGCAGCGUUUCUGUUCGUUAAGCAAAUGAAAAACCAGAGAGAAAGAGGAGCUCGAGUUUCUUUAGGAAGAGUGAAACGAGAGAGAAAGUGAUUGCUUUUUAAAUAGAGAGAAAGUGACAACAUCAACUGAAAGCGAGCUCAUCUAUCGCAGACCAAGAGAUUUUUGCAUUGUAUAAGAAAGGCAGAUAAAGCCCCCAAUUCCUGUUCAUUCCUUGCAGAGUUGAGGUUUUAUACAUGGGUUCAUUAUCAGAACCAGUACCUGAGAGAAAUCAAAACAAACUCUAUGGAAUUCAAUUCUUAGAAUGCGUUAACAAAAACAGACUUUCCUACAAAACCUAUCAAGCCAUUGUUUUGAUUGUAACAUUUUUCGCAUAUGCUAGCUACCAUGCUGCUCGAAAAACCACAAGCAUUGUCAAGAGUACCCUUGAUCCUCAAACUUUUGGUGUGGGUUUGAAUUUUGUUCCCUGGAGAAUAACUUACUUAAGCAAACCAGAAGAAAGAAGAUUUUCAUGGGCAGUUGGAGAUGGUUGGGCUCCAUUUAAUGGAUCAGAUGGCACUGCAUUGCUUGGUGAACUUGACCUAUCUUUUCUGUCUAUAUAUGCCAUAGGAAUGUAUUUCUCUGGACAUAUAGGUGAUAGGAUGAAUUUAAGGAUCUUUUUGACAAUAGGAAUGAUUGGAACCGGUUUAUUUACUUCGCUGUUCGGUGUUGGAUAUUGGGCAAAUGUACAUAACUUCUACUACUUCUUGAUAAUGCAAAUGGUUGCUGGUUUGUUCCAGUCAACCGGUUGGCCUUCAGUGGUUGCUGUGGUCGGAAACUGGUUUGGGAAAAGCAAGAGAGGACUAAUUAUGGGUAUAUGGAAUGCUCACACCUCUGUUGGGAACAUUUCAGGAUCUUUGAUUGCUGCUGCAAUGUUGAGCUAUGGAUGGGGCUGGUCAUUUGUCAUGCCUGGUUUCCUUAUAGCUUUUAUAGGCUUGGUGGUGUUUUUGUUUCUUCCUGUUAGUCCUGAAUCUGUUGGAAUUGACAGAGAUGAAGAUGAAUUACAUUCUCCAAGGAAAACUGGAGAGGAAGUUACAGUGCCUCUUUUAGGAUCACACUCUGAGGUUAAGGAGACAGCAGUUGGGUUCAUUCAAGCAUGGAAAAUUCCAGGGGUUGCCCCGUUUGCUCUUUGCCUUUUCUUUGCAAAGUUGGUGGCUUACACAUUUCUUUACUGGCUUCCUUUCUACAUUAGCCACACAGCUAUUGAUGGAAAGUACUUAUCGAGUGGCGCGGCUGGGAACUUGUCAACAUUGUUUGAUGUAGGAGGGGUGAUUGGAGGAAUCUUAGCUGGGCACAUUUCUGAUCGCUUAGGUGGCAGGGCCAUUACUGCAGCAAGCUUCAUGUACUGUGCAAUCCCUGCUCUCUUCUUUUACCGAACCUAUGGACAUAUUUCCUUGGCUGUAAAUAUUGCCCUUAUGUUCCUGACCGGCAUGUUGGUGAAUGGGCCUUACGCUCUUAUAACAACAGCAGUCUCAGCUGACUUAGGAACCCACAGUUCUUUGAAAGGGAACUCAAGGGCAUUGGCAACAGUUACAGCAAUUAUAGAUGGCACAGGCUCAGUCGGGGCUGCAAUUGGACCUUUACUAACAGGUUAUAUUUCUGCGUUUAGCUGGAGUGCAGUUUUCAUAAUGCUAAUGGGUGCAGCUUUAAUUGCUGGUCUGCUUCUGACUAGACUUGUUAUAGCUGAAGUAGCUGCAAUAAUCGCUGAAUCAAGGUCUCAAACAUCUUCAGCAUCAGUCGCACCAUCAAUUCAGCUUGAUGCGUGAUUUGUAGAAUAUGAGUAAAAAUUUAAGAUACGUUACAACCUUGGAAUACGAGUAAAAUUUGUCAAACUUUGGACAGCAUCAUUUCGUAAAUCGCGAAACAUGCGUCUGAAAAUGAAACACCAAAAGUGAGAUGGUAAUGUUAUGCUAAUGCUCGGAAAGAUAAAUAAGCACUAAGAUUUGGAAUA